ACACGUCCAGUCUCCGGUUAGCAAAAAGUGGAGGGAAAUGCUAAUCAGAUUAUCGCGUGUUGUUGGCCAGUUUUAGAUCAUAAUUGAAAUUGAAACAUUAUCACCUUGUCAGUAUUAGGUUCUUGUUUUGCCACGGAAAUCGAUUACCCGAACGUGUCGGCAUCUUCGGCUGAUGUGGCUCCAGGUUUGGUUUGGGGGCACAAGCCACGACAACAUUGUCAUGUAAUCGUUUCAUCUUAGUCACGUAUCCUCUUCAUAACGGAAAUCAAGAAUGUAAAUAUAUAAAUCUCUUACAAAAUUAAACUGGAGUCAUGAUUCAUAACGGAAGCCAAUAUUUUCAAAUGGCUUUGUGUCUGAUAUCAUAUGAUAUUAUAGAGGUUGUCUCUUUCGUUUGGCCGAAAGGGUCACCAAUCAACUUUAGUUUACAAUGUUUUUUUCCCGUUAUAAUUCAUCUCAAGUUAAACCAAGAAAAUCGUAAAGUUCGAACGGUCAACAAAAUAAUAUGAAAAAAGCAAAUGACAAAAAAAAGGCUCGAGAAGGAAACUCGAAAGGGAAAAAAAAACAGCUCUGGGUUGAGGUCACGUGAUAAUGUUCACUGUUUUGAUUGGUACAUACUGCUGUUGGAAAAAUUGAACCCCUCAGCAAAACAAAACAAAACAUUUUCACUUCUAUCCGUAACGCUUGAGAGAUGAAUGGCAGAGAGUUGUCUCUAUCACCCCGUUCAAUUACCACUUUUGUAGUGCUGUAGUGUUUACCAAAGGACGGAACGUGUUUUACAGCGAGGGAUUAGAAUUAAGCCUCAUUUGACUGCGCGAAUUAACCUCACAACAGACCCACCCGAACUUAUUGUCACAUCGCCAAGCUUAUGAAACAACUCGUGCGAAGGCUCCUCCAACUGAACCUGUACCUUAUCUCCCAGACUUGGCGAAUUUCGUGGAUGUUUGCAUUCUACGGAACUAAUUUCUCCAUCGUCGCCAUUGGAAUGUUCUACGUUAUUGAUUUCCGUCGUUUGUUUUGAUGUGACGCAUUACCACUCCUGUUUUCAUCACUUUCCAUCCGCAGGGAAGCGACUGAAGAAUCUCCUGUUUUGACACUCGAAAAGGGAACUACCUGGUUCUCUGUUGUAAAGGGAUUGUGACUCUGAGGUAUGGUAAUGCUUCAAGGAGAUUUAAUUGACGUGAACAGGUAUUUUCAUACCAAACUGAGAAAAUCGCUCCUCUUGCCAGUGCGCCCGCCAUAUUAAACGACGAUAAGAACGUAGUUAAGUCCCCUAAACAAAACGUCAUUGUCUGAACAGUUUAUGGGCUUUGAGGGAUUAUCUUGAAACACUUUUUAGUCGGUUUGGUUUACAGGUAACCUCCAUAACUUUUUUCGCUCAAAUUGCAUAACGACUUAGAGACUUCAGGGUGAUCAGUGCGCCUGUUUAACCAGGCGGGAAUUUCAAAUAAGCAUGGACGAAGUCGACUAUGACCAUGAGCUUCCUCGUGAACUCAUCAAGUGUGUCUUAGUUGGAGACACUGGUGUUGGAAAGACACGCCUGAUUUGUGCACAAGCUCUGGGAGUUGGUAUCGCGGCACCCCGACAAGAGGCAAAGCAACCUAUCCAUUUUCCAACAGUUUUUGCAAUUGACCAGUAUCAUGUGUCUCAAGAAAUUAGGGAGCGUGCAAACUUCCGCGUUGAUGGAGUUGAUGUGGCAUUGAGACUGUGGGAUACCUUUGGCGAUCAUGAGUUUAAUCGUAAAUUUGCAUAUCAGAAUGCUCAUGUUGUGUUGCUCUGUUUUUCUUUAAAUUCCCCAAACACUUUCAAGAAUGUCAACGCGGUGUGGUAUAGUGAAAUAAAAAAGUAUUGUCCCAGAACCCCUAUCAUUUUGGUUGGUAUGCAGUCUGAUUGGCGUUUGUUUGGCAAAGAGACGACGGUGAACUCUAACAGGAGUUUGUCGAAGCGCAUGCGAGAGUGCUCCCUUGUGACACCAGACAUGGGUCGUCAAGUGGCAAAAGAGAUUGGUGCAACUUACUACGAGACAAGUGUUGUGACAAUGUGGGGCAUCCAUCAUGUGUUUGAAAAUGCAAUUCGUGUGGCACUUAUUAACAGACGACAGAUGAGGUUUUGGUCAUCACAACUGAAAGGGAUCCAGAAUCCACAACUUCAACCCCCUUACUUACCAGAAAAACCUGACCCUCCCAAGGUUAGUGUGCCACCUUCAACCUUCAAGGAAAACAUUAAGGAAUUGCUUGAUAGUGGCAUGUGUGCAGAUGUAGAAUUUCUGGUUCAUGGUCACACCAUCAAGGCUCACAGAGCAAUUCUUUGUACUGCAGCACCAACAUUUGCUAAGCUGUUCUCUUUGAAUGAGGAAACACUCUUUAAAGGGCCCAGCACUAAGGAAAAACUUGUGCUUCAGGAUGCUCUUGUGUUUGGAGAGCGAGGAAGUCUACCUAGGGGUUUUGUGGCACUCGAAUCUUACAAUGGUGUCUGGGAUAGUGAGGAACACAGCUCGAUGGUUCAAGUUACAGUUGAAAACUCUCUUACAUACAAAAAUUUCAUGUUCAUUCUUGAAUUUCUGUACAGUGGAAAUAUUCCACUUGAAGUGUGCACUGAGGAACUCAAAGAUGCUGCUCGAAAUCUUCAACUCAGUAACCUUGUAAGCUACAUUGCUAAUGUCAUGAACAAUGUAGAGUACAUGAACACUGAAAUUCACUCAAAGAUAGUGAGAGAGAUGUCCUCUUGUGCUAAAAAGCUGGUGAACUCUGACAUGUUCUCUGAUAUUGUGUUCAGGAUUGAAGGCAGGAUUGUUAUGGCUCACAAGGCGUUUCUGGUUGCACAGUGUGAGAUGAUGGCUGCGAUGUUUAUGACUGGACACUUCAAAGAAAGUGGGGUACAAGUGGUUGAAUUUAAGGACACCAACUUUGAGGCAUUUUUAAAUGUCCUAGAAUAUCUCUACACUGGCCAGUGCCUAUCUCUAUCUGUGGACGAUAUCAUUGGUGUGUUGGCUCUGGCAAAUUUCUUUUGUCUGCCCAGACUUGUGGCUCUUUGUGAACAACACAUUGUCAAAGAACUGCAGAUUGCUAUAGCAACAAAUGAAAUGGCUGUCGCCGAGGAUAUAGUCGGCUAUCUUUUUGAGGCUCAGAUUCACAAUGCUUCACAACUAGAAGCCUGGUGUAUUUACUACAUUGCCACACACUACAAUGCAGUCUGUCGUCAUUGCCCCAAGCACGUGAAGAACCUUGACUCAUCGACACUCAAGUGCAUAGAAAAGAAACGGUGGCCACCAGCCUGGUACAUUCUAGAAGCUGAUUGGUAUGAAAAGGCAAUGAAAGAGCUUGAAACUGAGAAGGCUACAGAGAAGGUGCGGAAAUCACAUAAGAACAUUAAGCACAAGAGAAAGUGUAGCUGCUUGUAAGAAAAUCCUUAAAACAGGGUGACAGUGCUUCACUGUUGUGGCAAAUAAACAGAAUGUAACCAGUGUAUUCUGCAUCAUCACAUAACAGAGAUAUAUAUUUUAAAGCCUUAAUAUAAUGAGUAUUCAUAUGAAGUAUUAAUUUUAUUAUUAUUACUAUUACCAUUAUUAUUAUUAUUAUAAUUAUAUAGUCUGACAUAUAAUUUUUGGAUACAUGUGUGCUACAUUGUAUUUUUUUACAGUAUAAAUAUAAUGGAAUUAUAUUCAGUCAGCCUAACUUACGUGUAUCAGAAUAUCACACAUCAGAUUAUCAACUAUCAGUACUGUCACUAAUGAUAUGAUUUUGUUAUCAUUGUUUAAUUGUAUUUUUUUUCUCUAAUUCAUUUACUUUUUCAUGCAAGUAGAAAUUAUAUUCUAAGCAAUAACUACCAGUAGUGCAACAGUUUGGGGCUGACAGUUGUAUACGGCCACUCCUAGACUUCACUAUUAUGGAUUUUUCAGUGAAAGGGGUGGGUAGAAGUAUGGCUCAUGUGAGGGGAAUCCUCAAUAAAGCCUGGUGCAUUUUGUUUUUGCCAACACAUUUUCAUGCAGGACUUCCAUUUACCACUGGGAUAAAUUAUGAUGUGAAUGUGAGUGGUUGAAUUCAGGUCGAGAAAUCAGAGCAUUAAAGGUUAUAAAUCAAAUUUUAUUUGGAUUUCAGUUGCUUAAGUAGAAGAAAAACUAAAAAAAAAAUGAAAAUGUAUGUUUAUGAAGUUAUAACUGUACACAUUGGGAGCAAGAGGGGGUAAUGAAAUUUAUAGUUUAUUAUAGUCACGCUUUUGAGUAGGUUGAAAAUUGAUUUGAUUGUAAAAACAGUUCAAGUGAAUACCAAUCAAUACAGUAAAGUAGUAUAGUAAUCUUCAUAAUUAGGAAUAUCAGUCUUGCACCAGGUGCACUUAUAGAGAAUUGAUUUUAUUAUCAACUGACAAAAUGAAUGUAUUAUGACCAGUGUUGAGUAAUAACUGGAUGACUUGUAUAACAUGGACUAUACCAAAACAUUAGAAUAGCCUUUAGAGGUGUAUAUCUGUGUUUACCAGUACAUGAUGCAUAGGAAAUUUUUUGCUGAGAUUGUACCUGUGUUUAGAAAAUUAUAUAUUUGAAGUACUUUUGAAAAGUUAUAUCAAGUCUAAGUUUAGCAUUCUUUAAACUACCCAAAUUGUUUGUGUAGGCAUGCACUAUUAGUGCAGAACCAAAAUGCAAGACUUAGUGUGUUAUGUACUUUGUACUUAGCAGGUGUAAACUAUCUAUUAUUUAGUGAUAUCCUCUGGUAUCAUCAAGCAAUGCAGCCCUUACUUGUUUGAACCAAACUACAUUGUACAAUUAAAUACUGAAAUGCUGUGCAGAAAACAUCCCAAGAAAAAAAUUCCACCUUUUUUUCUUGUGAAAAGGCACUUAUGUUUUAUUUUCAAGGAACUAUUCUUUAGUUAAACUUUGCAAAGCAAUUAGUAUUACACAGUUGUCUUUUGCUGUUGAAGACACCUGUUGCUCUUUCUUUGUUCCUUUUUUUGUUUAUGAAUGUUGUUUUGCAAGUCUUGCACAAGUAUCUUUUGUAGUUACAAGUUAAAUGUGUAAUGUAUUGUACUAUAAGAUGAAAACCGCUUGGAUCAAUGUCAGUAUAUACUCUUUCUCCCCCUUAACCCAACAACAGUCAACUGCUAACAGCUCCUGGUUAAUGUUAGGUAAAUGGGGAGGGGGGUAGGUGCACAAUUGCCCAGAUACUGACAUGAUUGAACAGCUUUUUUCAUCCAUUGCAUGACUGAAAAUGUUCUUGGUAGUUUCACAUAGUUACCAACAUACCAUAUCAGGCAGGUUUUUGUUUCUUUCUAUUUAGAUGCUCAUCAAGAGAGGAGUACUGUAUCUACUCUCCCAAAGAAAGGGCUUGUUUUCAUUUCUGAGGGGACUAGCCCAGUGAUUAUUAUUUAUUUGUUUAUUUGCCUGUUUUUUUUUUUUUUUUUUUUUGUAGUCAAUUAAUUGACUGAACUUGAAGUGCUUCCAAAAGGUUCUCUAAAAAAAAACAAGAUAACCUGUCACAUUACAUGAAAUAAACAAUAUUUUUUAGUACAUUUCAAUUGUGCCAAACUGCUAAGAAUCAAAGCACACAAGCAUGAAAAAGAAUUUAGAAGAAAUUACUGUUUGUUUUUCUUUUGGAUAGGUUAGGUUUGUGUAAGUGAUCCAGACAGGACAAGUACUCGGGUUUGUGGCUAGUUUCAAUUUCAGUCAGUAAGAAAAUGAGAUGUUAUGGGAAAACUGUAGAGAGUUGUUAAUUUACAUCUUGCACCAUUUUGUAGUAUAGCAAAGUUUAAGUAUCAAGGUCACAUUAGACUGGACAGCUGUAAAGUAUUUUGUUUAUUGAUGUUUCAUAUUAGAGAAAGAGAGGUAUCAAACGUUUUCAAAGUAUGCAUACAAAAUUUAAAUUUAGUUGGGUAUUAUUACAGAGACGAUUUAUAAAUAUACCGAUAUGAAACUAAUAAAUACAGUGUCAGAGUC